AUGACGAUCUCACCACCUGAUCUGAUACUGCAGUCUCUGCUAGAUAGCUUUGAGCAAUUUAUUAUGAACUAUCACAUGAAUGGCUUGAAGAAGACACUGACUGAGUUGCAUGGGAUGUUGAAAACGGUAGAGGUGAGCCUUAGGAAGGCUCCUGGUCAUGUGAUGACAGUCCAGAAGGGUAAGAAGCAAAAGCGUCCAGCCAAGGCUAAGAAACCUGCUAAAAGCCAUAUAGGCAAGAAGCGCAUAGAGAGGCUCCAUAAGGAUGGUCUUCUCGAUUCUUUUCAUUAUGAAUCAAUUGAGACAUUUGAGUCAUGCCUACUCGGAAAGAUGACUAAAGCUCCUUUUGUUGGAGAAAAAAGAGUUUUCUCAAAAGAAGUUAGUGGGAGCAUAGUGCGACUCGAAGAUGUUCGAGAAACACAAGAAAAUGUUCUAAUUUCCACUGACAAGGAGGUGCAGCAAGAUGAGCCAGCGAUCGUCGCUAACCAACAUGCUGAACCCCAACCACGAAGAUCAAUACGGGCACAUCACGCACCUAAAAAGUACACGUUAAUGACUAUGGGGUAG